CAUUCACCCUCUGAGGCUUGUUUGUCUACGGGCAGCACUCUGCUGCUGAGGCUGAGAGAGCUGCAGCAUCUCUCAGAGAUGCUCACAGGCAGUUUUGCUCACUGAAGACGUUUUUCAGAAGCUCGGUUGAGCUUCCAGGGAUGUCAUUUUAAGAGCAUCACUAGCAAACAGAAUAUACCGUUCCCAUCAGGCUAAUGAUCAUGUCCUUGCUUUGACAACAACGUGCAAACAUAAAGCAAGUUUAAUGCUCUGACAAGAAGAUGGGUGACAGCUACCACUGAAUUGUUUGCUCUAUCAUGUGGAAUUCUUCCCUGGAAACCCCAGAGAUGCUUUUUGCCUGGUCUGGUUAUAAAUAAUAAGAUAGAUCACAAUGGAUUUCAGUUCCUCAUCCGUGUUUGAUCAGCACAAAGGUGAUGCAGCAGAAGAGAUUGACCUGACUGUAGUUUACCAAGCAGCAGCUAAUGGUGAUGUGAACACACUAACUGCAGUGAUUCGAGAAGAUCCUUCCAUCCUGGAGUGCUGCGACAGCGAAGGUUGCACACCUUUGAUGCAUGCUGUGUCAGGACGCCAAGUAGAUACUGUGAAGCUUUUACUGAAGAUGGGAGCCAAUAUUAAUACUCAAGAUGCUUGUGGACGUACCAGUUUAUCUCUGGCAACUUAUCUGGGAUGGCUGGAAGGCUGUGUGAGCCUGCUCAGAAACGGUGCUAAGCAGAACAUACCUGAUAAAAAUGGGAGGUUGCCACUACACGCUGCUACUGCAGAGCCUGAUGUGAGGCUCCUGAACGUGCUGCUGCAGCAGUCAACUCAUAGUGAAAUUAAUCAUCAGGACAAUGAGGGAAUGACUUCACUCCACUGGGCUGCUUUCCACAACAGGCCCCAGCACGUGCAGACCCUGCUGCACAAGGGAGCAGACCUGACCCUGGUGGACAAAGACUUCAAAACUGCUCUGCACUGGGCCGUUCAGAGUGGCAACAGGAUCCUGUGUUCCAUCAUCCUGGACCACUACCAGGGACCAUCAAUAAUCAACUACGAUGAUGAGAACGGCAAAACAUGCAUGCACAUUGCUGCUGCAGCAGGCUACAGUGAUAUUAUCAGCGAGCUGGCUAAAGUCCCGGAGUGCAACCUGCAGGCCCUUGAUGUGGAUGACAGGACGCCUUUGCACUGGGCUGCAGCAGCAGGGAAAGCUGACUGUGUGCAGACACUACUAGAGCUGGGGAUAGACAGCAGCCCUCGAGACAUCAAUGAAAACACUCCUCUGACAUAUGCAAUGUACUGUGGUCACACAGCAUGCAUCAAGCUGCUGUCUCAGGAGAGCAGUAGAUCGGAGCCAGUUCAUCAGUUUCCCUCUCCAAACAAUAGACUCCUAAAGAAAGAAGGAAGAUUCAGUAUGCUGAACAACAUCUUCUCCUGCAAAAAGAAGAAAGAGGACCAGAAAACCAAUCUGAAAGACAGAAGCAGAGACAGAUACCCUACAGAAGAGACUUCAGAAGUAGACGACAUCAUCACCACUUUUGAUUGCCUCAUGGACACAAACUGCAAAGACAUUCCAGAUGAAUGUGUGACCACUGCUGACUUCAAAAGAAGGAGCACAGACACAAAGUACCUCAUACCAGAACAGAAGCCUCCAGACUGUCAUGGGCUGCUUCCCAUCAGAACCCAGAGCCUCCCCCCAAUCACAGUGGGCAAUUCCUUCCUCACUGCUUCCCAGAGCACAGCUUCAAGCAUCUCCUCCAGCACCAGCACCCACCAUUUUGCACACAGGUCUCAAAAGAGUAGGAGUGAACAUGACUUACUGGAUCACAGAAGCAGCUGCCAGGCUUUGCUGGACAACCCCUGGAACACAGACUCUAACCAAAUACGCUCCUACAAAGUCUGUACUAGAACUCCUGCAGACAAAAUGAUAAAUGGCGUAAACUCUGAUGGAUCUCACCAUGUGCUUUUGUGCCCUCCCCGCCUUCCCUCACUCCCCAGUUCUCCUUCAGGUAAAAACUUUCAACAGAUGUUGAUAAGCCAACCCAAAAUAAAAGAUAUUUCUCCAGUACGAAACAGCCUAGCUCCUAUAUCUAACCACUGUGCUCAAAAAAUUCAGCUACCAUCUCAGGGUGAUAAGAAGUUUAAGUCCCUGCCUUUAAAUUCCUUAAGGACUGGAGCAGUUAUUCUCCCACCAGCCCCAGCCUCCAGAUCCCAGAAGAGGGGACAUUCUCAGAGUCACAUGCUAUAUUCUUUCUUGCCUGGUCUAUCAGGAGAGCCUCUGAAACCAAGCCGUGUCCUACCUGCAAUCCCAAGCCAGAAGAAAUCCAACCCUGCAGAAGAGCUUGAGAAAUCUCUCACCAACCAAGACACUGAAAAUUAACUCAUUGCACUGGCAUCAAACACAUCAGCUGAAAUACAUCCAAGAGCUUGUUACAAGAUAAGAAUACAGUAAAAUCUUAUUAAUUUGCACUACUGAUGCUCUUGUGAACUGGAGUGUAAAAAAAAGAAAGAAAGAAAAGGGUAGCACAUCACAAAAGCUGCACUGUGUAUUUAUAUAGGCAUACUCAUUAUAGUUUUUGUUAUGAUGGAAAUACUAAAGCCGUAUUUAAUGUUCUGUAAAUCUAUUUUGUGAAUGGAGCCCUCAUAACAUGCAAUCUCAUUGCAGCACUGUGCUGUUAAGCCUUCCGUAGAAAACAAGAAGAAAGAGUAAGAUUUUCUGUGUGAUUUAAGUCAGAAUUAGAGAACUACAAAUCAACGGGGAUUCUCUGCAGAUUGUAAAUGCAAAGGUGCUGAUUCUGAAGCUGUGUGCCAUCAAAAAUAUCUUUUUAAGAUAAAAAAUGUAAGCUCAGAAUAAAAGGCAGUUUUAUCAAA